CAUAUGUUAGUGUGGUGCUGGAGAUGAUGAAUAUGAAGUUGAACAUUUUAGAAAUGUAAAACUAGAACCAGUGAAAAAAUAACACAUUUCCGAUUUAAAGCCCAAAAGGUAGGCUCCCAUUAUGUCAAAUCAGGAAAUGCACCUCCAAAUAAAUGUUUACCUGGCUGGAUUAUUAGAUGGCGCUGAAUUGUUUUUGUUGCAUGGACCAGAUUUCACUGAUUCGGUUCCCGACGUUCACCAAAAAGAUCCGUUCGUUCGCGAACUACCCAUCACUACUGUCAGCUGAGAGCCGGGGGGGAGGAAGAAAGAUGGAAGGGAACAGAGACGAAGCAGAAAAAUGUAUAAAUAUAGCCACUAAAGCUCUUGAAGCAGGAGACAAAGACAAGGCGGUGAAAUUCUUAAACAAAGCAGAGAAGCUCUAUCCAACCUACAAAGCGAAAGCCUUGUUGGACACCUUGACGAGGAACGGCAGCUCUGCAGGGAAUGGCACGCACUGCAGACAGCGUACUACAGACAGCUCCUCGGAGAGCACCAAGGCCCGGGCUGGUGGGCAGGACCAGGAGGCCGGAGGGGGCGAGCCCAGCACCAAGGGCUUCACCAAGGACCAGGUGGAAGGAGUGCAGAGGAUAAAGCGGUGUAAGGACUACUAUGAAGUCCUGGGCACCAGCAAGGAGGCCAAUGAGGAGGAGCUGAAGAAAGCCUACAGGAAACUAGCACUCAAGUUCCACCCAGACAAAAACCAAGCCCCCGGAGCUACAGAGGCCUUCAAAAAGAUCGGCAACGCGUACGCCGUGCUUAGCAACCCAGACAAGAGAAAGCAGUAUGACCUCACGGGGGCGGAGGAGCCGACCAGUCCUGGCCACGCCCACAGCCAAGGGUUUGACUUCCACCGGGGCUUCGAGGCCGACAUCACUCCCGAGGACCUCUUCAACAUGUUCUUCGGAGGAGGAUUCCCCUCUUCGGCUGCCCACACGUUCACCAACGGCCGGGCGCGAUACAGCCAGCAGACGGACCAAAGACGGGAGAGAGCAGAGGAGAGGGGAGAGGGAGGGUUCUCCAUGUUUAUCCAGCUGAUACCCAUCGUUGUACUGAUCCUGGUGUCCAUCUUGAGCCAACUGAUGGUGUCUACCCCCCCCUACAGCCUCUACUCCAGACCGUCCACGGGGCAGACGGUGAAACGGCAGACGGAGAACCUGCAUGUGGAUUACUACGUCAACAGAGACUUCAAGACAGAGUACAAGGGCUCCAAUCUGCAGAAGAUUGAGAAGAACGUGGAGGAGGACUACGUGUCUAAUGUCAGAAACAACUGCUGGAAGGAGAGGCAGACGAAAACAGACUUGCUGUAUGCUGCUAAGGUCUACAGGGACGACCGCCUGCGUAAGAAGGCUGAGCUGAUGACCAUGGAUAACUGCAAGGAGCUGGACAGACUAAAUGACCUGUUCAGGGGGGGCUGAGCCCGCCUGACGCCGCAGGCUCCCACAGGACGCUUUUAGAAGAGAUAUAUGAAUAGAUAUAUGUAAAUGUGUUUUUUUAAGGAAAAACCAUGGAGAUUGAAAGGAGGAAAAUAAAAAUAAUUAGCCUUACCGUUGACGUUAUAAGUUGUCCCCAUCCCUCCCCCAGUACCCAUCUUUCCAUCCUCCUCACCACCCCCUCCUUCCUGGGAACUGCCUUGCUGCAUCUCAAUGAACCAACUGAAGAAUAGACCAACCUCCCAAAACACUUGAGAACCACAACUUCUUUCUCUUCUAUCUUUGCUUGUCUUUUUGUGUUUUCUGGAAAUAAGAACCCACUCUGGAAAUGAACACUGACUGGAAAAGCAGAAGGCAUUGUGCUGGUGCCUCGAGUAUUGAAGCGCCAAGCAUUCUGCUGUAACAAGCAAAUCACAAUCUUCUUCACUCUAGAUAACUACUUCACCUGCUUGACUUAAACAAGAUUUUUAGGCUCAUCUGGAGAUGCUGCCCUCCUUCCAGUCCAUACAUUAGCAGUGCUAGUAUUGUGAGGAACCCAGAGAAUGCUUCCUAGCUACCACAGUGGAACCCACAGUGGAACCUUGUGUGGAGUUACAUGGACCUUGAAGUUCAUUCCGCAGAUGAAGAAAUGACCACUGUCUCACUUGAACUUUUUUUGGCCUGGGAAAAAAUGUGAAGUUGGAACCAUAAUCUUCAUCAAUUGUAUAUUUUUCAUUUUGAAUGUUUGAAAAUUUAUGGAGUUAUUUAAGUAGAAAAACAAGGUUUUUCUUCAUUGCUCGAUUAAUCAUUUGAAUAAACAAUAAAUUAUUACCAGAA